AUGGGACAAGAAGAAAAAUAUGAUAUAUUGAACGUUCUCGAGUUCACUAGUAGUCGGAAAAGAAUGGGUGUAGUUGUACGUUGUCCCGAUGGCAAACUGAAAUUAUAUAUCAAAGGCGCAGACACAGUGAUUUUCCCGCGAUUAUCAACUAAUUCUAACAAGCAUCUAUCCGACAAAACAAUUGAGCAUUUGAUAGAUUUUGCGAAUCUUGGCCUGAGAACAUUAUGCAUGGCAAUGUGUGUACUUACCAAACAGGAAUAUGACGAAUGGGAACCAGGUUUCCAUCAAGCAAGUUUAGCGCUUGAAAAACGUGAAGUAUUGAUUGAGAGAGAAGCUGAAAAAAUUGAAAAGAAUCUUAUAUUGCUUGGAGCAUCAGCUAUUGAAGAUCGCUUGCAAAACGGAGUGAAAGCAACAAUAGCACAUUUGAUAGAAGGUGGAAUCGCAAUUUGGGUACUAACUGGAGAUAAAUUGGAAACUGCGCAGAGCAUUGGCUACUCAUGUGGAUUAAUUGAUCAAGACAUGCCAAUUUUAUUGCUUUCUGAAAAUACUGCUGAAGAAACUGGAAAUAAAAUCAAAGUAUACAUCCAUGACUUUUCUAGACGCAAAAUUAAAAUUUCAUUAAUUGUUGGUGGAGAGAGUCUUACGCAUGCUUUACAAAAAAGGAAUAAAAUGCGUUUUCUACAUUUGACAUCUCUGUGUGCGACAGUAAUUUGCUGUCGUUGCUCACCUGCGCAAAAAGCUUCUGUAGUGAAGUUGUUAAAGCGUUGGACGGAUGGUACAAUACUUGCCAUUGGAGAUGGAGCUAACGAUGUUGCAGAUAUUGGUGUUGGAAUUAGUGGUGAAGAAGGCAUGCAAGCAUCUUUAGCAGCCGAUUACUCAAUUGCACAAUUUCAGAUGUCUUGGAUAGCACUUGGAGGUUCAGUUGCGAUGCUUUUCAUUUUCUUCUUUGCAUACUGUCUGACAUCUCCUGCAAGUCUGAUUAUUAAAGUUGAAUCUGCAAUGGCAAAUACAAUAUUUCACGUGUUGACUUCACCGAUUGCUAUUGCAUAUAUGGUAUUUGUAGUAUUAGUAUCAUUAUCAUUCGAUUUAUUGAUUAAAGUAUUGCAACGUUCUUUGUAUCGUUCUAUACGAGAUGAAGUUGUAUCCCAAGAAUUUGAUGUCAAGCAGUUCAGUGAUCUUUACUAUCCACUAGUGAAAGUCAAAAAAAUUGUUGCUAAAGCAUCAGAAUCAGCACUAAGUCUUGUGAACAUUCAGCCUAAACUACGAGGUUAUUCAUUCUCUCAAGAUGAAGGGCCAGCUGUAUGUGAUGUAGUUCGAUUGUAUGAUUCUCGAGUUCCAAAAACCCCUGGAAAUUCGGCUCGAACAGAACUUGCUCACUCCUUUCGAGCAGUAAGAGAUAAAUUCAAGGAGGACACACCUCAAACAUUGUAUUCAUUGACUGGGUCUACAAGUGACCUUUCAGAAGCAACCGAUAUUUCUAAUUCUGAUCAUGCAGACAGAUUUUAA